GGCGGUCGGCCAUAUUGUCUCUGAUACAGCAGAAAUCACACUGUGGCACAGACACACCGGCGACCGAGGGAGGCGAGGGCCGACUGCUGGACGGAAAAUCGACGUAUUGGGAAGCAUUUCGGCCGUCGAACUGAUCAAGGGGCUCUCCCACCGUGCCCCUGGUGGCCCCUCCCCCCAUCCUCAGGCGAAGCCCCCUCCUGAGCCCCUUGCCCUGUCGGGAUCGGCCCCCCUCACCCCUACCUUCCCUCCUCUUCCUCCCUCCCUCCCUCCCACCCUUCCUCCCCGUUCUCAGUGAGGCCUCCCCACCACCUCUGCCAAGCUGUCGGACAUGUCAGGACCCGUGCCGAGCCGGGCCCGAGUGUACACAGAGGUCAACACUCACCGGCCCAGGGAGUACUGGGACUACGAGUCCCACGUGGUUGAAUGGGGAAACCAGGAUGACUUUCAGUUGGUGCGGAAGUUGGGACGAGGAAAAUACAGCGAAGUGUUUGAAGCGAUCAACAUCACCAACAAUGAGAAGGUGGUGGUGAAGAUACUGAAGCCAGUGAAGAAAAAGAAAAUCAAACGUGAGAUCAAGAUUUUGGAGAACCUUCGCGGCGGUCCUAACAUCAUCUCUCUCAUCGAUAUUGUGAAAGAUCCUGUUCGUGAUGAUCUACCCGCCUGUGCAGCCUUAUCCAUUUCACUGGGGCUCGGUAAAUGUGUUCCAUCUCGAACACCCGCUUUGGUCUUUGAACAUGUAAACAACACAGACUUUAAGCAACUGUACCAGACCCUGACAGACUACGACAUCCGAUUCUACAUGUAUGAAAUUCUCAAAGCCUUGGACUACUGCCACAGCAUGGGAAUCAUGCAUAGAGACGUGAAGCCACAUAAUGUCAUGAUCGAUCACGAACACCGCAAGUUACGCCUUAUCGACUGGGGUCUGGCCGAGUUCUACCACCCAGGGCAGGAGUACAACGUCAGGGUGGCGUCGCGCUACUUUAAAGGCCCCGAGCUGCUGGUGGACUAUCAGAUGUACGACUACAGUCUGGACAUGUGGAGUUUGGGCUGUAUGUUGGCCAGUAUGAUCUUCAGGAAGGAGCCCUUCUUCCACGGCCACGACAACUACGACCAGUUGGUGAGAAUAGCCAAGGUCCUGGGGACUGAGGACCUCUACGACUACAUUGAUAAGUACAACAUUGAACUGGAACCUCGAUUCAACGACAUUCUGGGACGACAUUCCCGUAAGCGGUGGGAGCGCUUCGUCCACAGUGAGAACCAGCACUUGGUCAGCCCCGAGGCCCUGGACUUCCUGGACAAGCUGCUACGUUACGACCACCAGGCCCGGCUAACGGCCCGCGAGGCCAUGGACCACCCUUACUUCUUCCCCAUCGUCAAAGAUCAAGCUCGUGGAGCCGGAUCUGCCAACCUGCCCAGUGGGAACCCAGCUGUGAGCACAGCCAGCAUGAUCACUGGUAUCUCUGCCUUGCCAGCCUCCACUGCCCUGGGCCCCCUCACUGGCUCCCCGGUCCUGUCUGCCGCCACCAACGCCCUCAGCGCCCCGGUGCCCGCCGCUGCCGGAGCCCCGCAGUGACACCCCACCCCCAGUCACCCCCCCACUCCCCAGCAGUCUGUCCCAACCCACCACUGAGACCACCGCCCAGACAAUGAGUGGGGGAUUGGAUUUCCAACAGGUGCCAGUCUGCCAGCCCCCACCACAUUCAACCCCAACGGCGUCCCACCAAACCUUCGGGACAGGAGGAGGACACUGAAGAAAAGACCGAUGUGUUUCCACCCCCUCUCCCCUCCUCGAAUGACCGUGUUCCCCUGACAUCUGACAUGAAUGUUCUGUGUAAUUGAAUAAACAGGUUCUCUGUCAUUUUUCCACGAAGCCGCAGUUAAGACGGACGUGAAGAUGUGGGCGUCAAGACCAAAAGGAGCACGUUCUGUACAGUUUAUGACUGUAGCCACGCCCCCCAGACUGCCACUAAGACCACCAGGCUCCCCAACGAGCAGAGGAUACGGCGGCCUGUUAGGGACAUGCCCACUAAAGUAAAGCUGAAGAACGAGGACGUUUAGAGGAAAAAACAUCAACGGUUUUUCCAAAGUUGCAAAUUGAGGAAAAAAAAUACUCAGCUGUUAAGAUUUAAUGAGAAAUAGGAAUUCAUAAUAUUUUUUUCACUUUGAAAUGAUAAAGUCGAGCAUUUACAAGAAAAUGGAUUUUACCUCUUUAUUCUCAGAAUAGUUGAGUUUGUCAUUUUACUUUAAUCUUGAGGAAUUGUAUUUUUUUUUUUCCACCAAAUUUACAAUUUAAGGGUAAACUUAUGACUUGAAUCUUGAAAAUGUGGGUUUUUUCUCACAAAUUUAGGAUUUAUAAUCUCAAAAAGAGUUUACAUUUUUCUUGCAAAUGUGAUUAUAUCAUAUCUAAGAAUGUUUUGGGUUUUUUUACCACUAUCUCAGAAUAUUCUUUUUUUUUUCAUGUAUUUGAUAUUUUUUGUCUGUUAAAUAUCUGAUUUCUAAUCCGAUUUUUUUUUUUUUUUUUACAUGAAAAUUUGCAGGGGGUUAUUUUUCAGAAUAUCUGAGGUUGUACAUUUACUUUAUAAUCUCAGAAUAUUCAGUAUUUUUUCCUCAAAUUUUCUUGACUUUUAUCUAGAUACUGGUGUUUUUUCCUCUAAAUAAGCCCCUCCUCCUCCUGUGCAAACGUUUUCCCCGAUUGGCCGUCGUAGACUCUCCGUUCACAUCUAAGCAUUUCCAUGUGUUCGCCACCAUCCUCUGUAACACACCGACACUCGAAAGCGUCGUUCUCUGCCUUUCUGACCAAACUAGAUCACACCAGUCGGUCUUUUAUGCCCUGCCCCUCCGGCCCCUCCACCCUGUUGUCAUCUGAUUGAUUUGUGGUUUGAUUCUGGUGUCGUACUCUGAUCUAUGAAUCCAGGUGCGGUGCAUUCAGGUUCUCAACAGAAAACACGGCUCCUCAAACGUGCUGCUUUCAGACAUAACCAAAGUUUACUCCGUCGGUUGAAGAAAAGACUGAAUCAAACCUAGUUCUGUAUUUUCUGGAGCCGCUGUAACGCAGGUAGAUGAUAAAACGGGAAGCAGGAAGCGCUGUUGGUGUCAGGUGGGUUGGUUCGGUUCAAUCCACGUUUCACCAACACGUCGAAGGAAGACGAGUUUGAAGGUCAGAUGUUGAGUAGCACUCGAAGGUAGGAUUCCCCCGUGUUCUAGUGCCAGAGUUUGAACGUGUACGUUUUAGACCCUGCUGUACAUAUGCAUCUUUUUAUUUUAGAUUUUUUUUUUGUUUCAAAACCUUAAAAAAUGCAAAUAAAUGGGAACAUGUAUACAUCGACCUGAGAGCGCAGCAGUUUGAGUCCCUACAUCACUGUAUAUAUUUUUAUGUCCUUAUGUAGAAGGCUAGUAUUUGAAAAUAUUUGUGUAAAUAAACACGUGUUUUAUUUAUCAGGUA